AUGCUUCCGUUCGAAUCUACCCUAAUGAGCGACCAACUACCGGGCCGUAUGUUGAAGGGACUACGUGUUGUGGCUGAUCAAAAGGCAAAGUUUGAGUCGGACGAUUUGUUUCGGAAAUUACGACGAGAAAGUGAGGUAAAAUAUACAGGCUUUUGCAAUGUUGCGAUGGAAGAACGACAACAAAGAUUUGUGAAAUGUUGCAAGGAGGGUCACACAGAAGUGGCUUUUGUGACCACUGGAAUCAACUUACCCCUGGUGUUCAAUCCAUGCAGUAAAAGUUAUGACGAAGGUUGCGAUUUUGAAAGAGAAGAGGGAAAGGUCCACAUAUCGUCUAGGUUCAUUAUGAACGGGGUCUGUGUUCGGUGGAAAGGAUGGUUCGAUCUUCAUCGGUUGAGUGGGAUUGGGUGUCUGGAAUAUGAUGAAGAGCAAGCUCAGGUAAUGUUCGGAAAUUGGGUUCUGAAAGUUUUGUAA